AUGUCUCUUCCGCCGCAAGUCAUCCAGGUCAAGCGGAAGCGCACCGAAGAAGGCCCCGUGCCAUCGUUUUUGCGCAUCGAACACGCGGCCAACAAGCGCCACCGCAGCGAUGCCUUCUUCUACCGCCGGCACGACCCCCAAGCCGUCGCCGCCGCCCAGGCUGCGAAGCGCGCCGCCGAACUCGAGGCCGAAGCGUCUGGACGCUCGCCCAUACGGCCCCCGACGAUCCAGUCUUCCAAGAAGGGCGACGAGAAGAAGAAGACACGAGCCGCAGGCAAAGAGGACAAGAAGGAGGCGGUAGACGCCACGGCACCACCGGCAGGGGCAUCCCCGGCUGCCACCAGCUCGGCAAGCACCGUCGAACCGCGUCGCUUCCACCUGUCGCGAGACUCUCUACUCGCUGCUCACUCGAAUGCCGCUGCGGUGCUCGGCGUGUCUGCUGUGGCAGGCGUGCGCAAGCGGUCGCGGUACAGCAGUGCCAGUGGUGGCGAUGCGAGCCCGGCGGCAGUCUUUGUCGAGCGAAGCAGGCGGCAGCGGAGGCAGCAGCUGCGACGGAGUCAAGACAGGAAAGCUGGCGCGAGCGGACGCGGCGGCGGUGGUGGCCGUGCCGCUCUUCCGUCUGUCGACGAGCCCAAGCCCGUGGCAGCCAUGGCGCCCCUGCCGAAGCGACCAGGUCGGCGGGCGGCGGGCGGCAGUGGCGCAUCCACGAGUGGCGCAGCGACACCAGCAUCGGGGGGGGAUUUGGCAGAGACGGGCGACACGCUCACGCUCACGCCCACGCCCACGGCGACGUCGAGUGCAUCGGGCACGCCCGCGCUCCCACCUUCGCUGCGCAACCGCCAGUGGGACACCGACAUGGACCAGCUCACGCGCGAAAUGAACGACUAUACGCUCGAGAUCAUCGGCCGCAAUCUGGCCGCCCAGCAGAGCCAGCGCGCGGCCGCCCUGGCCAGGGAACAGCGCGAGGCCGAGCGCAGAGCGGGCGACUCGGACAUGUCCCGGCUGGCCAACGAGCGCCGGCGGGCGGCCUAUGCCAAGUACAAGCCCAAACCACCAGGACAGCGGCUCGCCGAGCGGCAGGGUGCGGGCGCCGCCGGCCGCCUAGACGACAUGAGCGACGAUACUCUUGAUGUCGAGGACGCGGGCGACGGUGACAACGACGACAACGACGGCAGCGACGGCAGCGAGACAGAUGAGGAGGACUACGUCACGGAAACGUACGUGCGCGUCCCCGGCCACGAAGCCACCCGGCAGGCUGUCGCCAAUGGGGCGGCCGUCCCCGGUACAGUGGGCCUGCUCGUGUUCGACAACGAGCCGGACCUCGAGUUCUUUUACGGCGUCGAGGAGGACAGCGACGAGGACGGCGAAGACGACGAGGACGAGAACGCCGAGAACUACUAUACGCAUGACUACCCGGAAGACGAGGUGUCGUCCGACGACGAGUACGGCCGAGACGCGUACCACUACCGGACGGGCAACGCGUCGGACCUAGAAGAGUUUGAGGACAGUGACGUCGAGGGUGGCGGUGAUGCCGGGGUCAGUGGUGCAGGGUCUGGAGAGAUUAUUGGGUUUCCCGGCAAUGUCAAGUUGACGAAGCCGGGAGACCUGUGA